AUGUUACCGCCUUCCCCCCACCAUCGUCCGGCCGCAGCGCACGGCGUCAGUCGAGCACCCGCUCUUAACGUGGUAAGUUGUGCGUUUGUGCGCGGGCAUGGAUUGCUGCGUACUGUCGCAAUCGAUCCACUGUCAGGACCAGAUCGUCCUGGAUUGUCAGGAUUACAACGACCAAUCGCAGACCGCAUACGUGGAUUCUUGGCUUCAACAAAUGUAGCAAAUGGCUCUACGGAGUGGAAAGAAAAUAAAACUAAAAACUCCACCUACUCCGAAAGAAAAAAACAAAGAGGACUCAACCAACGAAACAGAAAAGGAUUGCCAGAUGAACUAGCUGAUAUGCAAAAAAGAAAGAAGAAACAAAAAGAGCGAAGGCUUAAGAAAGAAUGGUUGGCAAAUGAAGUGCAAAAACGACAGAAAAAACAAAAGAGAGAAGACUUAAAAAAGAAUGGUUAGCAAAUGAAGAUAUUAUGGAAUAUUUUUGUGAAUGCUACAUCCAGUUGAUGUUUACUCAAGCAUAAUAACAGCAGAAAUGUCUGAAAGUGACAGCAGUUUCUCAUCAGUUUACUCAUCAGAGUGAGCUCUUUUUAAGUCCAAGGCUCAGGGUAAAUCGUCCUCGGAUGUAAAGCCCACAACCAAGUCUGCAUCCAAACCAAAAACCUUCAAAGAAGGCCCUGGUUGUAACUUGUAUUUAUGAUUCAUAUUGUUUUUUAAU